AUGGCCGCCACGCACACCUCCAAUUCCCCUGUUCAACAACAGAUCAGCCAUGGGAGAAGAAGGUUCUUGGGAGUCAGACAACGGCCUUCUGGAAGAUGGGUGGCAGAGAUCAAAGUCUCCUCACAGAACCUCAGGCUAUGGCUUGGCACGUUCGAUAGACCCGAAGAUGCAGCCAUGGCUUAUGACAGAGCUGCAAGGCUUCUCAGAGGAAGAACCGCAAAGACAAACUUCCCAUGUGAACAACAACAACCUUCCUACUCCUUGUUUGGACACACCCCCAAGCUCCACCGUCUGAUUCAACAUGCCAUCAUCAAGAACAGAGCCCGUGUGAGAUCAUCAACGGCUCUUGAUCAUCAGCCAUCGAGAAAUAAUAAUCAUAAUAAUAAUAAUCAUAAUAAUAAUGGGUUUAUUGAUUCGGUUGUGGAAGAUACUAUUUUCUGUUGUUCUAGUACGAAUCGGUUUGGGAGCUCGAAAGUUCAUAAUUCCGUGUUUGUAGCUCCUUCUUUUAGCUCCAGAAGUGAUGCUGAAUCCAUGUAA